ACUCGAGUUGGAAGAGGCGAGUCCGGUCUCAAAAUGGAGGGCCAUGAUCCAAAGGAACCAGAACAGUUGAGGAAACUGUUUAUUGGUGGUCUGAGCUUUGAAACCACAGAUGAUAGCUUAAGAGAACAUUUUGAGAAAUGGGUCACACUUACAGAUUGUGUGGUAAUGAGAGAUCCCCAAACAAAACGUUCCAGGGGCUUUGGUUUUGUGACCUACUCUUGUGUUGAAGAGAUGGAUGCUGCAAUGUGUGCUCGGCCACACAAAGUUGAUGGGCGUGUGGUGGAACCAAAGAGAGCCGUUUCUAGAGAGGAUUCUGUAAAGCCUGGUGCCCAUUUAACAGUGAAGAAAAUCUUUGUUGGUGGUAUUAAAGAGGAUACAGAAGAGUACAACCUGAGAGACUACUUUGAAAAGUAUGGCAAGAUUGAAACCAUAGAAGUUAUGGAAGACAGGCAGAGUGGGAAAAAGAGAGGAUUUGCUUUUGUGACUUUUGAUGACCAUGACACAGUUGAUAAAAUUGUUGUUCAGAAAUACCACACUAUUAAUGGGCAUAAUUGUGAAGUGAAAAAGGCCCUUUCUAAACAAGAGAUGCAGUCUGCUGGAAGAAUUAUUUUUAAUAGUUGGUAUUCCUUAUCCUUUGUUCUCAUAGCCCCUUCCUCACAACUUCCUACAGUAUUGGUACAUCUAUUAGAAAUGAGGGCAUUGUGUGUUUCUAUGAUUCCGCUUCAUUCCUUGUUCCUAGACUAUCCCCAUUAG